AUGAAUGAAAUCGAAUCUCUUAUCUUUACCUGCGCUAUUGGUAGCCUAUGCACUCUUGCUUUCUGUUUCCUCUCCUUAUACUCUCAUCGCAAGAGAGAGCAGAGAAAAAUCCGAGAAGAACGCGCAAAUCAGUUGCAGAGGGCUGUCGUAUCCGUCUCCUAUCGGAUAACAUGUGAUGACAAUCCUCUUGUUAAUUCACCCAACUGGAGAUCCCAUAUUUGA